AAGCGGCCUGCGGCUCCUGCAACGCAGAGUAGGGCUGCAGCCAGGGCCCCGCGGCCGCCUAACUCGGGCAGAAUGGAGCAGCCUGGGACCCGGGCUCCGGAUCCCUCUCUCUGCCACCACAACCUCCGGCCAACAGGUGACCCCAACUGGGAUUCCUAUGCUACCACUGUGAGGACUGCAUUCACACCUAAGACAGGAGUGGUGCCUGCUUUAAUUCGCCAAAACGGUAUCAGAAGAUUAGGAUAUACAUAUUCACUUAGCGAUCCUAUUCUCAAUCAGACACAAUAUAAUGAUGAGUACACUUGGAAAUCAUACUCUAAAGAAGAUUUGAUCAAAACUGAGACUUCAAGAGGAAUCAAGAGCCAAAAAACUCAUCUCAAUGAAGACAUUUUCCUGUGGACACUACCUCACUGUCAACAAGAGAGGACACUAAGGAACUGCCCCCCUUGGAAAAUCCCUGCUUCAAUGAAAGAAGUUAACCAGGCACUAUCAAAUCAGUUUAUUUCCCUUACUAAGAGAGACUUUGUGGACAGAGAGAAAGCUCAGAAGAUUAAGAAAAGUUCUCCCCUGUCUCUGGAAUGGAAAAAGUUCCUUCCCCGACCUCCAGACACCGAAUUCCGAAGGAAUUACCAAAUUCCAGCUAAAAUUCCCGAGCUUCAGGAUUUCAGUUUCAAAUAUGGAUGCUACGCAAGCUUGCCCGUUGCUUCUCGGGGUGUAGUGCCCUCUGUGCUGCACAGCUACCUAAGGAACCAAGAGCAUAUGAAGAAGCAGACCACGUACCAAAGCGACUAUGGCAGAACCUACCUGGAUUUCAUAAUGCUUUUAAACUCAUUUACUUCCUCUCAAGUCAAAAAGUACCUUCAGAGUGUUUCCUACAAAGAUAGACAAAUUCUUGAUCGCUUUAUUUGUGCUCACUGUGACACUAACAAAAAGGAGAAAUGAAAAGGGAAAAUAGUUCAAAUGAAGAAAAUCUGAAAAUCAAUGGAAGCAUGAGGACCUUCCUAGUCAUUUUCUCAAUUAUCAACAAAAAAUAAGAUGCAAAUAGCUCCAAAUAUGUUGUGUUAGCCAUGAGUUUGUGUAUUUUGCUUUGCAUUAUUUUUAAAUAAUAAAAUUAUUUAAGGCUACAAAUUUUCCCCUGAACAUAGCUUUAGCUGUAUCCAAUAGGUUUUGAUAUAAUGUUGUUUUCUUUUCCCUUUUGGAUACUGAAUUUGUGGUUUCAAUUUUGAUUUCUCCUGUGAACUAGGAAUUAUGUGGAAAAGAAUUUUAAAUUUCCCAAUAAUUAGAGAUUUUAAAAAUCAUUUUAUUGCUUAUCUCUUCUUUGAAUGAAGGAAAGUUUAAAAAUCUGCUUUUGGGAAAUUAAAGUUGUAUUUAAUGCCGUUAAUCAAGUAUAUGAUUAAUUUGUGUGUUACAUGAAUAUAAGAGGAAAAUUACAGUGUAUUAUAUUUUUGAAAUCCCUUAUAUCUUCAAUUGUAUACUUGGACUGUUCAAUUCUGAAAGAAUAUUGCAACCUCUCACAAUAAAUAUAUUUUUAUCAAUU